AUGGCGAAUAUACGACAAAAUGGUUCGACAAGCGAACCAGAAUGGCCUGUUAGAAGCAUUUUGGAUACCGACUUAUACAAGCUAACAAUGCAACAAGCCGUAAUGGCACAUUUCCCUGAUGCUCAAGUUCAUUAUCGAUUCACAAAUCGUUCUACCAAUAUGCGAUUCACACGAAAGAGUGUUGAUAAGAUUCGUGAUUUUAUCAAUAGGCUUUCUCAGCUUACUCUUACCCAAGAGGAAGAAGAUUGGCUAAAGAAGACUUGUCCAUAUCUCAAACCUGAUUACUUGAACCAUUUGCGUUCCUAUCGCUUCAAACCACAGGAGCAAGUAAAAGUGGAAUUCGUGAAUGGAUCAUCUGAACCUCUCGGUCAAAUUCAUAUCGACGUACAAGGAAGUUGGGCAGACGCAAUCUUAUACGAAGUUCCAGUAAUGUCCAUCGUAAGCGAAGUCUAUUUCACCGACAUUGACACAAAAUGGACUUUGCGUGGACAAAGAGCACAGGCAAGAAGCAAAGGUCACACAAUGGUAUCCUCAGGAAUACGCUAUUCGGAAUUUGGAACGCGAAGGAGAAGAUCUUACGAAACGCAUAAGCUUGUAAUCGAAGGCUUAUUGCAAGGUGAAAAGGAUGCCUUUGAUUCUGUACCGACAUGCUCUGGUAAAUUGGUAGGAACGUCAAAUGUACACUUUGCACGUUUGUUCGGUCUAGCACCAAUCGGAACGAUGGCACAUGAAUGGACGAUGGGUAUCGCAGCUAUAGGAGGAUACGAUCAUGCAAAUUUGCGUGCUUUGCAACUUUGGGAUGCAGUUUAUUCACCUCCAAAUUUCGUACCCAAUUCACCCGGUCACGAUCUCACAAUCGCAUUAACAGAUACUUUCUCAACAAGAGUGUUUUGGGAAGAUCUCUUAUCGUCAGAUGAAGGCAGACAAAUUGCUAAAAGAUGGCGAGGCAUUCGUCAAGAUAGCGGAGAUAGCAAAGCAUUCGCAAGAAAGGCAAAGGAAGAAUAUGAUCUUUUGGGUGUUGAUGCUACAACGAAAGCGAUCAUCUAUUCUGACGGUCUGGAUAUUUCACGCUGUCUUGACUUGGCAUCGUACUCAAAGCAAGUCGGUAUCGGUGCUUCGUUUGGAGUUGGAACACAUUUGACAAACGAUUUUCGAAGAGAUGAAGACCCUCGUGAUCCUCACGAUGCAGACCCGGAUGAUGAUCAAUGGAUUCGCAAUCAUGAAAAUUCUGUGAAAUCUAAGCCACUCAAUAUUGUCAUCAAACUACACAGUAUCAACGGUCGUAAUGCAGUCAAAAUUUCUGAUGACUUGACAAAAAACACAGGUGAUGCAGAAGAAGUACGCUUAUGCAAAAGACGCUUUGGCAUAGAGGUGGGAUUGGAAGAUAAUGUAGAAGACGCAUAG